AUGUGUGGUGAUUAUAUUCUAUGUUGGAUUUCGAAUGUAAGGAAUAUUUAUCGAAAAUUGAAGAGAUUAAAACAGAAAGAACUAGCAGAGAGGAGAAUGGAAUCGAAAUUGUUAGAAAAGAGAAUUAUUUUCAUGGAUGAUGAAGAUGAAUUGGUAUUGGAUGAAAUGGACCACUCUUCACUUCUCAAGGAUACAGGUGCAACAGAGAUCAAAAUGAAUUACAUUUCAUCGACACGUUAUGGUGCUGAUAUGAAGGAUUCUCUGUUGAUGAACGAAAUGACACCUCAAAGAAGAAAUCAGCACAAAGGAAGAAAUGUAACAACAUCAUCCUCUCUUCAUCAACAUUGGAUCAUUUCCAUUGAAGAUGUUGAAAUUUUCACUCCACCACGAGGAGGAGGAGAACCGCCAUCUGAAGAGAAUGAUGAAUUUGAAAAAGAGGCAUCUCUACUAGCCAGCAUUCGUCAUCCCAAUAUUGUUCAAUUUUUUGGAGUCAUUGUGAGUGGAAGUAGGAAAUAUAUGGUGGUCGAGUUUAUGGAAAAGAAAAGUCUUGACCUUGCCAUUUACAAUUCCAAAAAUGGAAUUGAGAAAUUGAGCAUUUUUAGAAAAAUUGAUAUUUUAUUAGGAGUUGCAAAAGGAAUGCAAUAUUUACAUGCCAUGAAACCAUUCGGAGGAAUUAUUCAUAGAGAUUUAAAACCUGGAAACAUUUUACUUGACAAGAACUUUACAGCAAAAAUUGCCGAUUUUGGAUUAAGUAAGCAUUUGAGUACAAGGAAUGCUUCUAAUUUCUCAACAUCGAAUCAAGAAUCCAAUGCCACUGCCAAUGUUGGUACUUUAUUUUACAUGUCGAAUGAAAUGAUCAGUGGAACCAAAUAUAACCACAAAACGGAUGUCUACAGUUUUGGAAUUGUCAUGUGGGAAUUAUUCUUUGAGGAAAAUCCAUAUCUGAAUGCACAUUCUAAAAAAUUGCACCACUUUACAACAAAGAUUUACCAAUAA